AUGACGUCUUUGCCGGUUAAUGAUGAGAAUCGUGGGGUCUACCCCGGACGAAAGUACAGUGGAUCUGAGACAAGCUGUGACAUCUUUGCCCUGGAACAGCCCACAGGCAGGCCUUCAAUACUACGCCAGUCUCAAGUUGACAACGUGCCCAGCAAACCCGGGCCCAAGGGAGUAAAGGUUUGUUUUCAGACCCCAAGAAGAGAUCCUAUCACAAAGAAGAUUGUGUCUCCAAACAGGACUGGGAAAAUGUCUGCUUUGGCUGACUGCACCAAAGCGCUAGAGACUCAGAAAAACGGUGGGGCUGAGUCAGUUGACGUAUCAGACCAAAAUGAUGUGCCCUAUCCUGAUGAUGAUAUGCCUAUCGUAAGCAAAGGGGGAUAUAAUUUUGACUUUGACAACCUGGACGCCAUAAACCCUUUCCAGGGGUCGACAAAGAUGACACUCUCCCCACCCAGGCCUUUUCUAUCACCCACACCUCAGGAGGCAGCGGAGAAGAAUGAGCCGACUGUAGACGGUUGCUCCCCUAAAGCGCACAGUGAUUCAGAAAAACCCAUCAAAUCUGAGAACGCCCUUGAUGAGACGCUCCCAUUCAUCCCCUCUGUUGAAAAUUCCAUUGCUGACGUAUCGACAGAAGUUCGCUCAACAGAUAGCAGUGUGAUCAUCGAACUGAAGAAUCCAGGCACCCUUGUAAAUGAACAGGGCGUUUCAGACACUGGAGAGCCAGAGGUCUCUGAAGCAGCUGCAUCACUGGAGAAAGGCCCUGUUGAUAAAAAUAUACCAGAAGUCCAGGAAUCUCCUUUGCCCCCAAAAGGUUCUUACAACUUUGAUUUUGACAACUUUGACUCAAUCAAUCCUUUCCAAACUGGAGGCUCUAAAAUUUGCAAUUCUCCUGUGUUGGGGAAGAAGCCACUCGGCGACAGUUUUCCAGCUACCGAAGUCGAGGCCAAAAUCUCCGAAUCAAAACAAGAGGAAUCUGAAAAUGCACUCCAACAGCAAGUUGUCCAGGAGGUGCCGGAGACUAAACCCAGCACUACUGAGACUGUCUCUGAUUUGAAAGAAACAGCUGAACCAGCUGAAGCGCCCCCAGCCCAGCCCAGUCCUGUCCCUAAUAAGGGAGGCCCCAUGGUUCUGGAAUUCAAUUUUGACGAUGGCACAGAGGUCAAGCGCAAACCACCUCCCAAACAUCUUGGCAAAAGGCCAUCAGGUACCAAAUCAACAACUAAGAAAACAGUUGUUGCUCCUGCUGAAAAGAAAGGGCAAAGUCCUUCCAAGCAAAAAACACUUGGAUCUCCGGUGAAACCAGAGGACAGUGCUCCCUCUGACAUCCCAGUUGGUAAGGGCACCUACUCCUUUGACUUUGAUAAGUUUGAUGAGCCCAACUUCAACCCCUUUGGCACAAAGAAUAGAAUGACUAAUUCACCACCAAGAGAUGGCUUUGCCAGCCCUGUAAUAAAGAGAAAAGAUGAACCUUCUGACCAGGCACCUGAGGCUCCAGCAGAGCAGGUUGACCAGCCUUCUGGGAACCCAAGUUUGCCAAGCACUGGAAAUGAAAUUCCAAAGAUGGAAGAAACCAGCACUUCUGAAAAACAGGUGGACAAGGAGCAUUCAUCAUCUGUGAGCCAAGUAGCCCAAAGUCCAGUCAAACAGGAGCAGCAUACAGCAAUGAUCCCUGAACCAUCUGACCCUGAUCAGCCAAGCCAGAUCUCACAGGACCUCCCUGGGGCCAAUGAGGAGUUUGUGCCUGGGACCAUGUUCAUGUCCAGUGACUUUGAUGGCCAGAUUGACUAUCUGGAACAGUUUGGCUCUAGCAGUUUUAAGGAGUCCGCCCUUCGGAAACAGUCUUUGUACCUGAAAUUUGACCCUCUGCUGAGAGAGAGCCCCAAGAAAGCGGGAGCUUCCACCUGCACCAUGGGCUUCAAUCUGCCACGGCCUUCCCUAGCUGCCAGAAUGGAGUCAAAAACUGAGCUGAAGCAGGAAGAGAAACUGCAGACAGACAAAGUCAAGCUGCUGGAUGAUUUCCCUGUUCUAGAUGCUGGCCCUCUUGCUCAAGAUCCCGCUGUCCUGGACCUACUGGUCCCAACCUUCAGACAGCCAGUUAAGAAUGAAGAUGCCAUCAUUGAAGUCCUAAAGUACAGUCAAAAAGAUAUGGAUGCUGCUUUGGAAACAGUCCAAAAAGAGGCACAGGCAAGAGAGGAGGAGUGGAAAGCUCAAUGUGAACAGCUACGCCAGGAUAAUCAUCACAUGGGGAUUGUCAUGUCUGAGUUUGAAGCCACAGUCGCAAAGAUCAUGGCCGAGCGUGAAAAAGAGAGGGAGGCCGCCCAGGCAGAACUCAAUAAAGUUCUGCAGGAGAAGGAACAGGUGGUGAUGGAUCUGAAUGCCAUGGAACACUCUUUCUCAGAGCUCUUCAAACGCCUCAACAAACACAAGGAAGUCAUAGAGGGUUACAAGAAGAAUGAGGAGACUCUGAAGCUGUGCGCUCAGGACUACAUGGCCAGGAUUAAGAAAGAGGAACAGCGCUACCAGUCACUCAAGGCUCAUGCUGAGGAGAAGAUCAACCAGGCAAAUCAGGAGAUAGCUGAGGUACGGUCCAAGCUCAAGGCAGAGGUGUCUGCACUGAAGGUUCAGCUGAAGCGGGAACAACUUAAAGUGCAGUCACUUGAGAAGAGUCUUGAUCAAAAGACGAAAGAAGUGGAAGAAGUCACUAAAUUGUGCGAUGAAUUAAUUGCAAAUGUAGAGAAACGUUGA